AUGCUCGUAUCUAGGGGACAGAACCUGAUCCUGAACUUCGCCGACCACGGCUACACCAUUGCCGCCUUCAACCGAACUGUCUCCAAGGUCCACCGAUUCCUCGAGAAUGAGGCCAAGGGCAAGUCCAUCGUCGGUGCUGACACCAUUGAGGAGUUUGUCAGCAAGCUUAAGUCCCCUCGCCGUGUCAUGCUGCUCGUCCAGGCCGGUGCUGCUGUUGAUGAGUGGAUUGAGAAGCUCAUUCCCCUCCUUGAUGCCGGCGAUAUCAUCAUCGACGGUGGUAACUCCCACUUCCCCGACUCCAACCGCCGCUCUCGCUACCUUGCCGGGAAGAACCUCAGAUUCGUCGGCUCCGGUGUCUCCGGUGGUGAGGAUGGUGCUCGCACUGGUCCUUCCAUGAUGCCCGGUGGUAACGAGGAGGCUUGGCCUCACAUCAAGGCCAUGUUCCAGGACAUUGCCGCUAAGAGCGACGGCGAAGCCUGCUGUGACUGGGUCGGUGAUGAGGGUGCUGGUCACUACGUCAAGAUGGUCCACAACGGUAUUGAGUACGGUGACAUGCAACUUAUUUGCGAGGUGCGUGAAUGUUCCCUGGAAUAUGGAAAGAGCAUUAUGGAACUGAUCAUUUGUUUAGGCCUACGACAUCAUGAAGAGAGGUCUUGGAAUGACCAGCAAGGAGAUUGGUGAUGUCUUCGCCAAGUGGAACACCGGUGUUUUGGAUUCUUUCCUGAUCGAAAUCACCCGCGAUAUUCUGUACUUCAACGACGAUGACGGCACUGCUCUGGUCGAGAAGAUCUUGGACAAGGCCGGCCAGAAGGGUACUGGCAAGUGGACCGCCAUCAACGCCCUUGACCUUGGCAUGCCCGUUACUCUUAUUGCCGAGGCUGUCCUUGGACGAUGCUUGUCUAGCAUCAAGGAUGAGCGCACUGUCGCCUCCCAGAAGCUCCAGUUCGUCAGCCGCUCCGCCAAGUUCGAGGGCGACCGCGCGCAGUUCCUCGACGACCUUGAGCAGGCCCUCUAUGCCUCCAAGAUCGUCUCCUACGCCCAGGGUUUCAUGCUGAUGCAGGAGGCCGCCAAGGAGUACAAGUGGAAGCUGAACAAGCCUUCCAUCGCCCUCAUGUGGCGUGGUGGCUGCAUCAUCCGUUCCGUCUUCCUCAAGGAUAUCACUGCUGCUUACCGCAACCAGCCCGACCUCCAGAACUUGCUCUUUGAUGACUUCUUUAACAACGCCAUCAACAAGGCCCAGCCCGGCUGGAGAGAUGUUGUGUCCAAGGCUGCCCUCAUCGGUAUCCCAACCCCAGCCUUCUCCACUGCUCUAUCGUGGUUCGAUGGUUACCGCACCAAGGACCUCCCUGCCAACCUUCUGCAGGCACAGCGUGACUACUUCGGUGCCCACACUUUCCGUGUGA